AAACAUCCCUGCCUGAGGGAACCAGGCUCGCCAGAUGGGUGUUCUGGCUGGAAGAAUAGCUUGACAUACAAAAUGGGGAACUAUCGCACUAAACUGAGAAAAGCUGGAUGUGCAGAAGUUGCUAUAAAUCAGGGUAAAAAAGGCGCCCCAGGAAUGGCAUCAAAAGGCCUCAAAAGACCAAAAAGGUUUGAGGUCAAUUACUUACCAGACCUCCCUGAGGGGCAGAAUGAAGAUAGACUAGAAGUUGAAAGAAAGCUCCUGGUUGAAGAAAUGAAAAAACGGAACCCCAGUGGAACAGUCAUUGCAUCUAAGAUGGACCAGACAUUCCCACUGCGGAGACGGGAGAUUGUGGAGGCUGAACCUCCAGUGAAAACCCUGAAGGAGCGCUGGCCAGCUCUUUUUACAGAGAGACAAGUGUUUGCUGAGUUCAACAGGAUAGCCACGACAAACCUGGAGAAUGACUUUUUUGGUGCUGUUGACCGCUACACACCACGCUUUGUCACAAUCUUCAAGUCCAAGAAAGGAAGUGUUGGAGAGAAACUGGCUGAGAUUGUGCAGCAAAUUGAUUCAAGGAAACCAGAUGUGACAGCAGUGCGUACCCUUGUUCUCCAAGGCAUCCCUGUUCUGCUUGGUGAUGACCCCAGUAACUUCUACAACACCUCCUUUGAUUCUGACAGUGAUGAGGCCUGGGACCAGGUAUCUGUUGGGUUGCUGACUGUCAUCAGUGAAGAUGUGCCCCUCCGCCAAAUCAUCUCCAUCUUGACCCAGUGUCUACUGCCAUCAUUCUUGAAGGAGGUAUUGUAA